UAUUACUUAUUAAGCCAUUUUCUGAUUGUCAACACUCUAUCUAACUCCCAAACUCAAUUCCGAAAAGCGAAAACCAACCCCCUUUGAUCAAUUAGGCCUUCUCUUCUCCUCAAAAUUAUUAUUAAGACUACAGAUCUCCUUUAAUUUUUGGGGUCUGGAUUUCAGGUCUUUCCGAUUUUCCUCUGCCUCGCUCAGAUCCAUAUCCAAAAAGAAAAAAGUCAGUUGGAGUUUUAUAUGGAGCCAACAGAAUCAAAGAAGUCAAAUUUAUGUUGGUGGGACAGUCAUAUUAGUCCUGAGAAUUCUAAGUGGCUGGCAGAAAAUCUUGAGGUGAUGGGCCAGAAUGUUAAGGAAAUGCUGAACCUGAUCCAAGCGGAUGGUGAUCAUUUGGUGGAGAAUGCUGAAUUGAAUGGUCAGAAGAGGCAAUUGGUUGCUGAUGUUGGGGAAUUCCACCGCAUGUAUCAAUCACUGGCUGAGCGCUAUGAUCAUGUGACAGAAGCAUUACGAAAGAGUUUACCGUCAGAACUCCAAAUGCAGGGCUUUGGCAGUUCUGAAUUUGGAUCUGGACAAGGUUCUCCACUACUCACUCCUGAUCAGAAGUCAGGUUUUCACAGUUCUGGUCAUCAAGCUAUCAAUUCAGACGUAUCCCUUAGCUCUGGUGCUGGAAGCUCUGUUCUUUCUUUGAAGGAGGGCAUUGAAUCAUCUCCAUCAUCUUUUUCAUCGGAUUCUGAGACAGAACCUUUUAACUUAACUCUCAACAACUACUCGAGCCCACCAAUGGAUUUUGAUGGCAAGGUGCUGCAUCAUAAGAUUUCUGAGAUGGAAACUGAAGUGUCUAGCAUGAAAGAGAAGUUCUGGACAGCUAGAAAAGACAAUAUGGAUAAUAUGUUGAAGGUAGGAGAGAAAUGUAGUUAUGAGGAAAUGCUUGGCAGAAUUUCCCGAAGUGAGGAAGAGCUAAGGGUUUCCAACCUACAACUUCAGCUUUCAGAAAAAGAGAUUGCCAGGUUGAAGAGUCAGCUUGAGAAGGGUAAAUCUGCUAUUGUACUUGUAGAGAGUAUGCAGGCGCAGCUUGAGUGUGUGCAGGAAGAUAUCAAGAUGAGAGAGGCCGACCUUAAAUUGGAGAGGGGACGAGUGUUGGAGCUGCAAAAUCAAAUAGCUGAAUUGGAAACUUGUAUUUCAGACUCUAGUAACCAGAUUAGGAGGUUGGUAGAAGAGUCAGAAGUAACUAGAGAAAGGCUUAAGGGAUCAGAUGAAGAGAUUGUGAAGUUGAGGCUUGAACUUGUGAAUAGAACAUCUGAAGGUACUUAUGAAUUGCAGGGUGAGCUUGAGGUAGCUCGGGAAGAGAUAGCCAUGUUGCAGGCCCAGCUUGAUUCAGGUAAAAGGAAGGCUUUGGAGCUUCAUGAGAGUAUUGAAAGGUACAAAACUAGUGUAUCUAGCCGUGACAUUGAGGUAAGGGAAUUGAAGCUUGCAUUGAGUGAUGCCCAGGAACAAUUCUCUAGGGAGAAGGCACAUUUGCAGUGUGAUAUUUCAAGUUUGUCAGAGAAGCAGACCUUGUUUGAUUCUACUCUCAAAGAAUGGGAAUUGAGAAGUGGAUCAUUAGAAAAUGAAAUAAGGCAAUGCGAGGCUGAGAAAGUGGAAUUGAAAGGUUUGCAUGUUGCCCAUGAGAUGGCUUUGCAAAGUGAGAUCAAUCAGUUGAAGGAUGAACUCAUUGAAAGGAGGGAAAAUGUGGAAAUUUUGAAUAAAGAUUUUGACGGACUCAAACUGAAAUUUGAUAUGCUAAUGGCAGAGAAAGAUGGGCUCAAUGCAAAGCUUCACACACUAGUAGCAGAAGUGAACUCUCGUGACAGCCAGAUCCAGCAAAUGGAGGGGCAUCUUGGCCAGUUACGUCAGGAGCAUGUGGAGCUGAUUGCUGAAGGUAAAAGUGCACAGAAUCUAGUGGAUGAACUGAGAUUGAAAGUGGAGGAGCUGGAGAAAGAAGUAGAUAGCCAGAGAGUUCUCAUCUCAGAUGGGGCUGAGGAGAAAAGAGAGGUGAUAAGGCAGCUUUGUUUCUCACUGGAGCAUUAUAGAAGUUGGUAUCAAGAACUUCGUAAAGCAUUUAUUGUGCACAAGCAACAUGCAGUUCUGGCUUCUUAACUGGACUUGGUUGCAGUAAUGGUCUAGUAAGUUCCUAAGGCUUAUAUUCCUUUUUCCUUUAUUUUCUGUAGCCUGAAUGUGCUGAUGAAUCUUUAUAUAUUUUUGGGAGAUAUUGAACAUUAUAGUUUGGUAUUGUCUCAUGAUCAAUUUAGAUUGGACAUUGAUGUGCA